CAAAUUACCCACCGCACAUACCCGCCACAGCCAAGAAUUCUCUCACUCUCUCUCUCUCGCUCUCUCUCUCUGUGAUUCUAUGCGUUUUGAAAAUGAAUUCGCAGUCUUCGAACCCUCAAUCCAUGGCGACGUCGACGCCUACUGAUAGCUCGGGCAAGAAGGUGAGGAAGGCCUACACCAUCACCAAGUCCAGAGAGAGCUGGACCGAGGAAGAGCACGACAAGUUCCUCGAAGCGCUUCAGCUGUUUGACCGUGACUGGAAAAAGAUUGAAGAUUUUGUGGGUUCAAAGACAGUGAUUCAGAUCCGGAGUCAUGCCCAAAAAUACUUCUUGAAGGUACAAAAGAAUGGGACAACAGCACAUGUGCCUCCUCCUCGCCCUAAGCGAAAGGCCGCUCAUCCUUACCCGCAAAAGGCAUCCAAAAAUGUUUUGGUGCCACUACAAGCAUCCAUGGCUUAUCCUUCUUUGGUAAAUAACCUUGCUCCAGGAUAUUCUCCAUGGGAUGACAAUUCCACACUGAUAAAUGCUUCAUCAAGCAAAAUUGUGCCAUCACAAGAUGAUUUAACUAGUCUUCAGGGAACUGAAGCUGAUAUUGGAUCAAAGGGGGUGGCAAGGAUUAGUAACAGCAGUGUUAGUGGCAUUAGAAGCUCAAGUAGAACGCUUCCAGGCUCUGAUAUUCCAAACCAAGGGGAAAAAGCUACUAUGCUUCAUGGUAUACCAGAUUUUGCUGAAGUGUAUAGCUUCAUUGGGAGUGUUUUUGAUCCAGACACCGAUGGCCAUGUGCAGAAGCUCAAGGAAAUGGAUCCCAUAAAUUUUGAAACUGUUUUAUUGUUGAUGAGAAACCUCACGGUUAACUUGUCUAGCCCAGAUUUUGAGCCAAUUAAGAAGGUCAUGUCAUCAUACGACACCAAUAGCAAAACCGCAGGAGUAGCUGCUGGAUUUGUUGCCAAGAAGCAGACCAGUGAUCUAUCCUGUUGAACUGUAAGUUGGUGAUAUUUAGAUGGAAUUUCUCUUGUUUCUUAGCUGGCCUCAUCGACCAUAAGUGCACAAUGGUUCUUGUGCAACGUGCUUUGAAGCCUGCAAGUUCAAGAACGUAACUAUAUAGCUCUAGCCAGGUGGACUUUCAACUAACCUUCAAUGGAAAAGAUUGAUGCUAUUAUGUUGAUUUGGAGUUCAACUAAACCAGUGUGUAUAUCUUGCGAGUAGUCUCAUCUCAUAUAUAUGUAAGAAAAUGCCAUUUCCUAUAUGUAGGCUCGUCUCUGGAGCAGUGCAAUUACAAGAAUCUAUAAAUAUUUAUUGUUGUUAUGUUUCAGCCUUAGGGUUUUUGCGUGCUAAAAUUUUGCUUUUUUUUUUAUUUCAUUUGAUUGUCAUAUCACUAUUGCAGAAGUGCUUGUUAGCUAACACUUGUGUUUAUCAUUAAUUAAGUACAAACACUUGGAAGUAUAGUGUUAUUUUUAGUUU